AUGCCGUGGCAGCCGUUGCCGCGCAUUGCCUUCGCUGUCGCGACCUACCCCUUCAGCACCCAAGCCGACAAUGAGCUUCCUCUCGAAAUUGGCGACGACCUCUACAUCAUUGAGGAGACCCCCGAUGGCCAGUGGCUGCGCGGAUACCUGCUAGCACCUCCUUCGCUGUUGGCCGGCCUCACAUGCUCCAAAGGCCAGACUCUCGAGGCACGCGUCUUCUCCGGCAUCUUCCCGCGCAGUUGUGUAGAGAUACGCGAGGUUCUAGGUGAGGGAGACGAGACGUCCACCGAUGACAACGCAAGCUAUGUAGGAGAAGAUGAGCCCGCCCGGUUCGGGAGCGAUUCGGGCAAGAGUGGAGUCACGACCAUCGAGAAGAAACGUCCAAAGUCAAAUAUUGACGGGAAGCAAAAAAGAAACGAUGGUUUACCCUCGCCCACCAGUCUCACGGCACGAGGUGGCGGUACCACCGCCACCACCACUAAAUUCUCUCUGCCAGCGAAAAGAGAUCCUGGCACACCCAGGCCACCAGCCCCGGUCCCGAUGCUCAAGAUAGGCGACGAGACACCCACAUCCAUAUCAGAGCCCCUAAUAGACGAGAUUGCAUCAUGCCUACGCGAAUGGCACUCUACAAAUCUCCAUGAGCUCCUUCUCUCUCGCCAGUACUCAAAACUAGAAACCGUCGCGCAGCUAAUUAACACUCUAGAUCUGUCCCGGCGGCAGUUCCUACACAACGUACUCACAGCGCACGAGUACCACGCUCUGCGCGAGAAGACGGUAUGGGACCUGGUCAGAGGCAACAAGCUCUGUGGGGGUGAAGUCAUAGUUCGCGAUCCGAAACAGCGAGGAAGAGUCUUGACAGGUGAGGACUCGGUCGUUAAAAUCACCAAAUUACAAUCUGUCAUGAGUCUCUUGAACGAGCCGCCACAGCCACACGUAGAACUUACAGCUUUGCACCACCUGCUCGUUGAUGUAAGAAGCUUCGCCGGAUCGUCCAAUGAGGUGACGACCUUGGUGGUAUAUCUUGUGAGCAAACCGAUUGGAGGCUUCCCGAUAGCUCUAUCGGAAACCUACAUAAUCGAUGUGCCGGCAGGUGGCACAAUGGGACACAUGGCCCGCAAUGCACAGAUGCGCACGCUUUUCACCGAUCUGGCGUCAAGCGAAAUCGGGGACGCGCCAUCAUCGGAUUCCGAGCUGUACCUCGUGGUCAAGGUUCGUGCACCUCAACAGAUAGUCGUCGGGAAACCAGCAUCUCGGUCGGGAACAGUUGCUCAGGCCAUGACCGGAUUCAACAAGGAAAAAACACCAACAUCUGCCAACGGAACCAAGUCUUCUAGAAGGAGUCUGAUGUGGGGAUCGACGAGGUCUGCGUUCUCUAGGGGAGGAACAAAACUCGACUCACUAUCUGAACAGCCCGAAGAGCGACCCAAGACUGACAACCAAGAGAGUCGGGACGGUAGCUUGCCCCCUGGCACUGCGGGGUCCAGGACUGGUUCUGGGCCAGCGGAAGGCAACCAGAUCAUGCACAUGGCGGCGGACCGCAUGGUCGGAAUGGGAGUCCUGAAGUUGAACCAAAUCAUGAAACAAUCUGAGGAGACCGAGCAUGUCAUGACCAUCUGGGCGCCAUCAUCCAACUUAUCGUCAGAAAAACAGGAGCACGGCGACGAUUGGGACGAUCUAAUACACCACCUUCUGGACAGCAAGUCUGGACAGUACGAGAAAUCGAGAAGGGCAGAGCGACUACAGGUGCAUCUGAAAGCGUUCAACAGUCCUGACGCAGACGUCCUGAUCAAGUCAACUCCAACCCUCCUGGCUGGUAUUACCAGAACAAACAAGAUGGGCUUCUCUGGUGCCCCUACUAAAACACGAUCUGACAUUUAUGUGACUUUGGACCAGGCGCUCAUCUCACGUCAGAACUUAAUAUCACGAUAUGGCGGUAGCGCUACAUCCAUAUCGGGGAAUAUCCUUGGUGGAAAUCUAAUGCUGACAUUGGAGGUUCGGCGACAAACAGGCGAAAAGAUUGAAAACUGCAUAUUCCCGUCCUCGAACAGCGAGGCAUUGACGACGUGGAAGUCGUUUGCAGUCGAAAGAGGUGAGCCAUGGAACCAGACUUUGCGGCUUUGCUUGCAGCCCCCGGAUGUGCUGUCAGCACAUUUGAUCAUGACGCUGUCGGACAUGCCAAAUACUCCUUUCGCUGUCAGCUACAUUCCAUUGUGGGAUCAACAAGCGUUUGUGAAGGACGGAGCGCACACGCUCUUGCUCUACAAAUUGGACGAGUUUACGCAAACACCGCAGGCUGGCCCAAGUGGAAGGGGUGGUUACCUUACAUUGCCCUGGGGCACUAGGAGCGAGCCGAGCGAUGUUACUGGACCACUUGCUGCGUUGAAGGUCCAGACAUAUCUCUGCAGCACGAGAUUCUCGCAAGACAGAAUAGUACUCGGGUUGCUCAGGUGGAAGGAACAACCAAAGGUAGAGAUACCGGGUCUGCUAAAGCAGCUGAUCUUCGUGCCAGAAAUCGAGGUCGUGAAACUGCUCAACGACGUUCUCGAUGCCCUUUUCGGGAUUCUGGUGGAGUAUCAGAACAACGACGAGUACGAAGAUCUUGUAUUUAUGGCUGUUGUCCGCGUUCUUGGAAUUGUUCAUGAUCGGAGGUUCAACUUGGGACCUCUCGUGGACCAGUAUGCCGAGAACAAAUUCCACUACCCAUUCGCGACAACGUGCCUGGUCAGAUCGUUCACGCGACUACUUUCAAAACCCACGGAGCCAGAAACCGCAAGGAAACUGAGAGCAACUUUGAAGGUCGCCCGGCAUAUCCUCAAGUUCAUCACUCAUGCACGGGAUCAGCAGAAAGCAAAGGAAGCUGGUAUUGGUAUUACGAAUACGAGCCCAGGCUUCACGCGGCAUCUGCAGUCUAUAUUCAAAGCCCUGGACAGGAUGAUGCGAAGUUCCAAAGCCGUCCUGGUUGGUAGUCAGACGUUAGCAGUGCAGCAUUUUCAUACAUGGCUGCCUGAACUGACAGGCCUGAUGAGUACGGAGGAAAUACUGCACAUUGCCAUUGACUUCAUGGACUCGUGUGCAACGGUCAAGGGCAAGUUGGUUCUUUACAAGCUUGUCCUCAUCAUCAACUACUCCAAACUCGAUCUCUUUUCCCUGCCAGAACAGCGGUCAGCUCUUAGCGCCAACACAGUACGCUGGAUCGCGCCUCACUGGGGUUCCCCAGAUGCGGUCUCGGAGCAGUGGAAAGAUCAAGUGAGGUUGUGCUGCUCCGUCAUUGCCAGCCAAGUUGAUCAUCUCGGACCGGAGAUUCCGGACCACAUCCCUAAAAUUCUUGACUCAUAUCUCGCGAUCCAGCAAACAGAGAUCAAGCCGAAAAGCCGGCUCUCCCUACUCUUCCCGUUCUCUUAUCCAUUCCCCAGCAAAGCGGUCGAAGGCACUGCACGAUUCGACGAGGCUCUCAUCGAGCUUUCGGCUGUCUUAUCAGCACUGUCCAACUCACCCCAUGGUAUGCAGCUUGAAGAGCUAGAUGAAGUGGAGACUCAAUCUCUGGUCCAUAACGCCCUACAAGUACACAUGAGCAUUCUUCAGGGAGAGGCGUUCCCGUCAACCUGGCUGAGUGUACACAUUUUCCACCACAAGUCUACAAUGAAGUCGUUACAAUACAUUGCUGGCAUCAUGCUAGAGAAUUGUCUACCAGAUCCUGAUGAAGCAGAAAGCUUCAAUACGGAGCUCUGGAAAAUGUUCUUCACUACACUCCUCAAACUGGUGAGCAAUGGAUGCUUAGCACUUGAAACCUUUCCUGAGCAGAAACGACGAGCGGUUUGGAAGAUCGCGGGGGAUGUCAGAGAACAUGGCGCAGAACUGCUACGGCGUACUUGGGAAGCUAUCGGGUGGGAGACUACGCAUGAUGAUCGUACGCGUUACGGCCUGGGCAAGAUGGGAGGCUAUCAAGUUCAAUAUGUGCCCACCUUGGUAGGGCCCAUCGUCGAGCUUUGUCUCAGCGUGCAUGAAGGUCUGAGGAACAUGGCUGUCGAGGUCCUGCAAACCAUGAUUGUCAGCGAAUGGACCUUGAGCGAGGAUCUUACAGUCAUCCAGACGGAGAUGAUUGAUUAUCUGGAUUACUACUUCAAAGACAAGCAGAUGACUGAAAGCGUUCUUCAGAAACUCUUCAUAACCGAGCUACUGGACCGUUUUGCAUCGUUAUCGCAAGCUGAGGAUGAGCCGCUUUAUGCCGCUCUGCAAGAUCUCAUCAGCACUGUCGAUGAAUUCCUUGAUCUACUUGUUGCUGUCCACAGUGGUGAAGGCAGUAGUGCAGCUUCUCAGCUCAUCAGCCGCUUGCGUCUGAUGGAAUUCCUACGGGAUAUGCAGAAGGAGGAAAUCUUCAUCCGCUACGUCCAUCAACUUGCUAGGCUCCAAGCAGAUGCCAGGAACCACGCUGAAGCUGGCUUGGCACUACGGCUCCAUGCCGAUCUUUACGAUUGGAAUCCAAUCAAGAGUGCACCUGCGCUGUCGGACCCCGAAUUUCCGGCACAAUCUCAGUUCGAACGCAAAGAACGCAUAUACUUUGACAUGAUCAAGCAUUUCGAGGACGGUGAGGCCUGGAGCAGUGCUUUAGCCGCCUAUAAGGACCUGCAAUACCAGUACGAAAAUAAUGUUUUCGAGUUUGCCAAGCUCGCACGAACGGAGCGUGCCAUUGCUAAUAUCUAUGAAACGCUGACCAAGAGCGACAAGCUUGUACCUAAAUACUUCAAGGUUGUCUUUAAGGGUCUAGGAUUCUCACCAAAUGUGCGUGACAAGGAAUAUGUCUACGAAGGAUGUCCCACAGAAAGGACGUCUGCAUUCACCGAUCGCAUGCAGGAACAGUAUCCCGCAGCGCAGAUAAUCGCAAACGGUGACAUUGACAGUGAGGUUGAAGGUCAAUUCUUGGUCAUCUCCUCACUGAGCCCGCACAGAGACCUCAAUCAUCACGUAUUCCAGCGCGCCAAGGUUCCGCAGGCUAUUCGCGAUUAUCUCCUAUCAGCUCACCCGCAAUUAUUCUCUAUCACGUCCAAGCGAGACACGUCUGGUCCAGCGCAUGAACAUUUUGCCGAGAAGAUCUUGUACAAAACUGAGGAAGCAUUUCCAACCAUUCUACGUCGCAGCGAAAUCAUUGAAGUCCGGGAGCUCCGACUUACUGCUAGACAGACAGCCAUUGAGCGUAUAGUCCGGAAAACGCAAGAGAUGACCGUGGUGGAAAAGCGACUAUCCGAAGAUGAUGAGGUCGCUCAACUAAUGGUAGAUGCCAUUGCCAUAUCCUUGAACGUCGAAUCCGAAAAUAGUGUUGUGCGCUACAGGCAACUCCUGCCUAGUCGGGACAGCGAUGGGGAAGAGGAUUAUGAGAUCGAGUUUGACGUUGAGGAGACAGCAAUCAAGAUGGCAUUGGUUGACCAUGCUAUCAUGAUCAAGCGGUGUUUGACCAGUUUCUCGUUGAGCAAGAAUACCAUCCUUGUCCAGGGCUACAAGGAUUUGUAUCCACUCUUCGAGCAAACUUUUGCACCAGAGAUCGAGGUUUUCAGCCCGCCUCAGCCAAGUCGCGAAAUCACCACAUCUACCCCUUCACCAACUUGGCGGAGGAAUUCACCUAUCACAGAAGGUUCGCCGGUGAAGCAAAAUAAUGAGGGGUAUGCCUUGGUCACUGGCGUUGUUGAAGAGGCUGCUGCUGCACAGCCUAUCUCGCUCAAGCAGCGAGGUACGCGGCUCAGCUUUCUGGGCGGCAGACGCAAAGAAUCACGAGAGUCGAACGGCGAUAACGUCUUCACCUCGGGCGACAGUGAAACCAACACCCUCCCACCAAGCCACAUCACCCGUGAGCGCAGCGGGAGCAGGGACAACAGGAUGAGCUUCUUCCGUACACCGUCCCACGAGACCAACAUCAGUGCAGACCCUUUCCUGCACCACAAGGCAAACGCGGAGAACAGCACACCAGAUUGGAUGCAAAGUGUGGCUCGCAAGAGCAGUGAGUUGGUCGGUAUUGUAGAGAGAGGUUCAGAAAAGAGUUUCGACAACAGCGCCCCCAAGCUCGGAGGCGUGCGAAAGCGCCUGAGUAUGUUGAAACUGGGUAGCAGAAGGGGGCGACAACAUGGGAUUAUGGACGGUGUCGACGAGGAAUAG